AUGACUCCAUUUUGUCGCACGGUGGGCGAAACAGAGAAGGCGUUGCAGGGCUUGGCAGAUAAUGGACUGCAGGUGUAUGUGAUAUUUGAGACUCCGUCAAACGUUGUCCUGGCGGAGCAGUUUCUUGGCGCACUUGAUGCAUUCUCGAUCGGGUUGAAAGAUCUCACGCAGCUGACACUGGUGUUUAUUGUUCUUCGGAUCGCGCGUAGGGCUGGCUGCAAGGUGGGCAUCUAUGGACAGGCACCGAGUGAUCAAUCUGAGUUGUCGGUGAUAUCGGGUAGAUUCGCGGACGUGAAGAGGCAGGUGGUGGCGAGUGAGCAGAGACAAAUUUGGAAGAAGGCUGAUGGAUCUGGCGACAACAAGUGGAUUCAAUAA